AUGGGCGAACAAGAAGGACAAGCGUUGGAUGCAGCCAGAUCGGCAACAAUUCGUCGUAAGCCUGUGCCGGCGCCUCAAGCAGCACAGCUUCCUACCAAAAGAAAACGUUUGCUGGAUCGAUGGAAGAGCCUGUCACGAAGAACCCGAAUCAUAAUCCUUGUUGUUGUCGUUGCUAUCAUCGCCCUCAUAAUCGGUCUUGCAGCCGGACUAUCGACCCGGAAAGGCACCCAGAAUCUCCCCUUACCUUCUGGGAACGGAGGUCCCUACACGGGCGAUUUGACAUACUAUGAGCCCGCCUUGGGUGCAUGCGGUCUUACGUCCGACGACAACGACAAAAUCGUGGCAAUAUCACACACUGUUUUUGAUGCCGCGAGUUCUGGCAGUAAUCCUAAUGCGAACCCUCUGUGUGGGAAAAGGAUAAGAGCAAGGAGAGAUAAUAAGAGUGUGGACUUGACUGUUGUGGAUAGGUGUGUUGGCUGUCAACCCACCGACAUCGAUGUUACCAUCAAUACUUUUGCCAUGCUGGCAGAUAUUGACCUCGGCAGAGUACUAGUAGAAUGGAAUUGGUUGGAAGAUGUCCCUACAGAGGCACAGAGUUGA